ACUGUGAUGAAAGGUUAAUGUGAGUUAGUGCUAGGUGUACUGAUUAUGAUAAUAAAGAAAGAAAUUUUUCUAUUAUAUCUAUUGCAUAAAAACAAUGCUUGUUUAAUUAAUUAUUAUUAUAUUAUAUAAAUAAUUACAGAUAAAUUAUUUUUAAUUUAAUUAAAUUUCUUCAAUAAAAUAAUUCAAAAUGUCAUCAAACAAUUCUAUGUCCGAUGAAAAUACAAUCUCGCGAACACCACAAAAACGCAAAGAAAUUCUAAGGAAAAUAAUAACUAGAGCUCAAUCUUUACAAGAAUCAAUUAAUGAUGAAACUAUAAAAACUCUGGAAUUAUGCAUGGAAGAAACAGACAAUAUAAAUUCUGAAACAAGUAUAGAAGAAAAGGUACAUAAUCAAGAAGAAGUAUUAAUGGAUUCAGAAAUGAUGCACAUAUCUUCUAAUGUUUUAAAACAUUGUACAAGAUCCUUAACAAAAGUUGUAUGCUCAUAUAAUCAUAUAGAAUUUGCUAAAAAAAUAGUACAAUAUGUAAAACAACUUCCAGAUGUCGAACCAGAAACACCAGAUUGGUCACUUCUGGAAUCGCAAGUUAUAAAAUGCUUUAAAAGAACACCUCAAUAUAGUACAUUGCUAGGUUUUAUUCAAUUUUACUAUAAAACUUGUAUAAUUAAUAUUUAUUUUUUAUUACAUUAUAUAUUUAUUUUAUGUAUAUUUUUAGGUACUUUAACACCACUAGAAAAAAAAGAAAUUAAUAAAAAAAAACCUGUAAAAAUAAAGGAAACUCAAGCACAAAUUAAAAGACCAGAUAAUGUUGUAACAAUUGAAAAGGAAGAAGAAGGGCCAGAAGAAACUGUAAAAAUGAAAGAGUUUAUCUCUAAAUAUUAUAAAAUUUAUCGCAAACCGCUCGAUUUUUUCAAAUUAAUUUUACAUCCUAAUGAUUUUGGAAAAACAAUUCAAAAUAUUUUACAAAUAUCUUUUCUUGUUAGAGAUGGAAAGAUAAAAAUAACAAAAGGUACAAUGUUAGUUUUUGCAAUUAUUAAAAUCUAUAUAUAUUUCUAUUUAUUAAAUAUUAUUUUCUUGAUAGAUGCAUCUGGAAUACUAGUUGUUCAACCUUGUACUAAAGAUAUGACAGCUCAAAUGAAGACAGGAAAUAUUGAAAAUAUUCAAAACGUAAUGUAUUUAAACAUGGAACAGUGGAAGAUCCUGAAAAAUAUUUAUCGAUUGGAAAAUCCAUUAAUUGAAUCUGAAAUAAAAUAAUUUCCUUUAUAUCUUAAAUGAAAAAUAUUUUGUAAAAACAAAAAAUAUUUGGCCUUUUUUCUCUAUAUUUUUGUAAAAUUUUUAUUAAUUUCUAACAUAUACUGUAAUAUUAAAGUAUAUGUUAUAAAUAAUAACAAUAUCAAUUUAAUAUGAAAACAUCUAGAACAAAAUUACACAAUUUAUAUAAAAUUUAUGAUUAAUUAUGUUCAUGAUGUUUUCGAAAAAUUUAUGUACUUUUUGUGAAAUUUCGAACGGAAAACAAUCUUCUAAUUCACGUACAUUGUUGUUUAAAAAUCCCUAUACUUUUGGAUAAAAACUAAUAUUUAUAGAAAAAAAGAAACAGGCCUGUAUUAUUAGAAGAUCGUUUUAAUUACUUUUUAAUGACAUGAUUAAUGACUGUGAAUUAAUUUAUUGUUUUGCCAACGAUUCUGCUUUCGCUACUACUUCUUCAAUUGGACCGACCAUGUAGAAUGCAACUUCCGGCAAAUGAUCAUAAUCUCCAGCAAGAAUUUUCUUAAAUCCUUUAAUAGUUUCUUCUAAUGGUACUAAUUUACCAGCGUGACCAGUAAAUACCUCAGCAA